UACAGCCGCGGCUCCAACUACAGCCCAAGUGUGGCACGAGGCGUCAGACGGAGAUCAGGGGGCUCCGGACCGCUGUGGGAAACUUGCUUUUUGAAUUGAUUCCCCCUCCUCUGUCUGCGGCUGCGUGAACUGCGAUUUCGCUCAUCUGAGAGCAGUUUUAAUUUGCUCUUUAUCCAUUUAUUCCCUCAGUAAUGAUGGGGUCUGUGAUGUUGGACCGGAGGUUCUCGUGUCUUCUUCUGCAGGCGGCAGCUCUGCUGCUGCUCAGCGAGGGAGAGAGGAUGUGCCCUGCGAGUUGCAGCUGUGAAGGAAAGAUUGUUUAUUGCGAGUCUGGCAUCCUCCAAGACAUCCCAGUAAACAUCUCCACAGGAUGCCAGGGUCUGUCUCUGCGCUACAACAACCUGCUGGUCCUGUUGCCGUACCAGUUUGCUCAUCUCCAUCAGCUCAUCUGGUUACAGCUGAACCACAACUCUCUCCAUACCAUAGAUGCUUUAGCCUUCCAGGGUGUGCGCAGACUCAAAGAACUCAUCCUCAGCUCCAACAGAAUCUCUCAUCUGCACAACAACACAUUCAGAGCCAUAUGA